ACCAACUUCACUCCGUAAAUGUUCGAUCUGUUUCAACUACGUCGAGGCUUGUACAUUUGGGAUUGCGCUUUUCGGUAAUUAUUGUUUUACUCAUUGCAAUAGUGCUUUACAAAUAUUGUGAUUGUAAAUCUAGUCAAAGACAUGGCUUUAUCAGUUGCACUACCUCUGGGAGGAUUGGAGACAGAAAAUUUUAACUCGUUCAGGCAUAUCAUAGACAUAGCGGGCUUAACUCAAUCGCAGACGAGCCCAAGCCCGUCUGUCUCCAGUGAAUCUAGCGGUAUCGGUUCGCUGGGCUCGUUAAAAUCGGAAUCUGUCAAUAACGAUUCCCUGCCGUCUAGUCCUCAGACAACAGAAAAGAAGUUAUUUGAACCCUUUGUGCAACCACAGCCAUGUCUGAAAGAUAAGAAAGUUGAAGAUGUUAAAAUCAUAUACGGAGGGCACGAUAUUCUCAACUUGAGCGCUAAUCUCACUGAUUCUCGAUGGAACUACCGUGCCACAAUGCUGCCAUCCAACAACCCUGCGCUGUUCUUUGCCAACCGGUCUCAAUACCACCGCCUCGGGCCGUACGGAACACGCACACAGUAUGUAAAAGAUUCUUGCCGUAUGUGUGGCUUCACUUGGGUUGUUGCCGCCACAGAGUGAUUGAACAGUGUGUCACCUAAACACUGAACGUACAAGAGCUGGGUAUGACUGGUACACAACAGGUUAAAAAUAUUUUUUUACUGUCACACAAUGGUUGUACAAAUAUAAAUACUUUUGCCAACAACUUCAGUUCAUCUUCACAAACUAAUCUUAUGACAACCUGUUGUUAAGCCUAAUAAACAACGGGACUAUCCUAUUUUCUAAAAAAAAAAUAUUUAUUUAAGAUACUCAGUAAUAUGAACAAAGUAUUUCUGGUGAACUGCAGUCGCUGGACUUGUGACAACUUCCUAAUAUUUGCUUUAAAGUUUUACCCUGGCGUGGCCCAGUUCUACGGAUGACUGUGGAAUAUGCAUGUGGUUAUUGUCGCACACAUUCAUAGAUACAUUUAAUCGUGACUUAAUACUGUGAUCUUAUUUUAAAAAAAGCAAUUUUGACAAAUCCUAUGAAAGUGUGUGACGAUGUAAUUUUAUUUCGUUUUUGUUUUGUUUAACUUAUUUUUUUGUGAUAAAUUAAAAUGUUAGGUUAAUUAAAAUAAUGCCAUAAGUUUUACAGACAUACAAAAUUGGCAUUUGAAAUCCCAAAAACUAGGAUCUUAAUGACUCAUCUAAUUCCAACUCUAUACCGUAAUUUAAUUAAUUUAAAGAAUGAAAAUUAAUAAUAAUAUAUUACGCUAUAUAUUUUAGUUCCUCUUAGAAAUAUCAUUAAUUAUUUGUUAUCCAAAGAAUCUUUUGUUAAUUGAAUGCAUAUUAUAUUUAUAAAUUGUUGAUCUUUGACAAUUUAUAAUGAUUAAUUAUUAUUAUUAAUCAGCACAAAAUCAACAGGCUCAUUCCUUUAGCCUUUAGAUAUUGUGCCUUAUUAUUAUUAAAGCAAUAUUUAAAUUAUGGACAUUUACUUACACCAUAAUGAGUUAUUCCCACCAGUACAUCUUAUAGUUAUUAUUUAAAUAUUGUUUUAUGAUUAUUGUUAGUCUGUAGAGGUUAUUGAUUAGAAAUAUUCCACAGUCAUUUUAAUUAGGUUCAUUGUUUAAAACUUGAAACCAAAAGGUUGCUUCUCGUAACAUUUUCACUUGGAUUUUGACGAGAUGGCAUAAAUUUAUAGCCAAGCUGAUAUAUUUUAGUUUUAAGGUCUAAUUAUGAUGAUUGUUGGAUGUACCGUCCGAGCAUUACAUAAUACUAAUAGUGAUGACGUGUAAUCUAGAGGUUCUCUAGAUACAUUGCCCAUAGAUCCUACCGACUCUGUGAAGGCUUGAACUACUCAUACAUAUGUAGUUAUAUGAAUCCCCAUUGCGGGGUAGAUAGUCAAAAUGGGUUAUCAGUGCAUAUCAUCACAAAUUAAAGCAGUGAUUAGGUAUCCUAAGGUAUUAGUAGUUGUUACAGACCGUUUUAAAACGUUCAAGUCAUUGAUGUGCCCAGAUGCUGGGAUCUAGUGAAAUUAUAGUAAGUCAUUAACAGACUGGCAAUAUCUCUAUAAAUGCAUAUUUAAAUUAUAAUAUUCAUGGUCUCCUUAAAUUAGUCAAGAUAUUUAUUAGUGUGAGUCUCUUGAUCUAUUUGUAAGUAAAUGUGUAAAGUACUAACUAACUAUAUAUGGGUAACCAAUAAUACUGUCCUUACGUGCAACUUUAGUUCUGCUAUGUUGUAAUCAGCUUUAAAUUGGAACUGGAGUAUUUGUACAUGAUAAUGUUGACGUAUUUCCCGCAAAGUUAUUUUUAUAUAAAAAAAAAUGUUGAUAUGUGACAAUACAGUUUGUAGUUUUCCAAAUUUUCUUUAUAUUGAUAUUAUGGUAUUCGCUUCAAGUUCAAGUUUGGCAAAUAUUCUGUAAGGGACCAACAUGAAUUGAUUUGUUUACUUUCAUAACUUUUCAGUAGCAGAACAAUGAAUUGUUAUCACUCUGAAAUUUACAUUGCAUUUUAUCAGCUGUUUUAUCUUUUGAGUCAUCGCCACUUUUAUAUCUGUAAUCAAUAACAAUGGGCUAUGAACAUGAAAAAUAGUGUUUAUCAAUAAGUGAAUAAUUUACAAAAUUUUAUUUUUAUGUUUAUGAUUCAGUGGGUCAUGACUGAACAUAAUAUAGCAUGGAUCUCAGAAUGCAGCUUUUACAGUGAUAGUUAUGCCUAAUGAUAAUCAUUUUUUGUUAAAAAGGGAUCUCGAAAAAAAACUAAAUAAAACACAAAAAUGAGAUGCCCUUUUAUAAAUAAAGUGUACUAUUUAUUAUAUUCUCCAUCACACUACUCACAAAAUGGUUGUUAUGGUUAUCAAAAAAUCAAAUGUUGCAUUCAGAUUAUUAUUAUUAUUUAGUUAAUUAACUUUAUGACAAGUUUCAAUCGAAUGUAGUUCAAAGAAAGUAUUCGGAGCGAUACGCACAGUUUUAUAUAGUUGCUCUUGUUGUGAAGUCUCCUUAAAGUAGUGUAGGAGCCCGUGGCGUCCAAACCGAGGCCGAGGUGCGAUGCAAUACUUGCAUUCCAAUUUGUGUUUUAAGUUAGCAGCCGAUGGGUCGUAGUUGUUAAUGUUUAAUUUAAUCCACAUUGCCAAAUAUUUUGGUUGUUGUGCUAUUUAUUUUUAAAUUAACGGUCUCUUUUUCGGUAAUCAUUUUUAGUACCUUCCAUCGCUAAGUAGGUCUUCAAGUGAUGUUACAAUAUUCGAUCAUUUCAAUUAAGUGCAUUUUUUAUUUUGUUUAGUCAAAUCAUUACAUAUACAUGAUAUUAUACUUAAUGUGUUGUAAUAUAUUUAUUGUUUAUUUGUAUUUAUGAUAAAUAUUUUUUCUCAUUGAACUGUAGUCAAAUGACAGUAUUUUUAUAAUGAAAAUUGUAUAGGGAUGAAGGGUUUAUUGCCUAGACGUGGCGCCCACGGCUCGCCUGGCCGCGCCCAUGGGUCGUCUAGCUGCGCCCACGGGUCGUCUAGCCGCGCCGGGGGUUGUCCGUCCAGCGUGUAUUACGUAUAUCUGAUAAGCAUUAUGUAGGUUUAGCGAAAUAGAAUUAACUCGGAGGCAUACUCCAAGUACCAAAACUUAUUGGUUUAAUGUUAUUCUCUUAUUAUCGUGAUAUAGUGCGUCGCGCGGCGCUGAGCUCAAUAUUUUAGUAACCCUUAAGAAAAUUAAUACCUCUUUUGAAAAGAAUAUAAUUAAUAUAUAUUACAUAUAGUAUAUCCAUUCGAUUAUCACAUAAUAUAAUGUAUUUCCCUGUUUAUUUUGAUGUGAUAUCAUAAAUGACUGAUCUGAAUUUAGUUUUUAAGUUGAUUAUUGAUACACAGUGCUAUUUGGGGAGUGUAAUUAAGAUUUAAUAUUGAAAGUGCCAAUGCUCGUAAUUAUAUCUCUAUGACUGUUCCUUUAGUAGCCGACAGCGCCCUCUGCGACUGUCGCCCGUAGUCCGGUCGCUUGUGCGACGGGGGCGACCGUCCUUCCUAACGCUAAGUUAAAACUGAUAAUAAUUUUAAUUAAUCCACGUAACGUGCACAAUCUCAGUAAUGCUUGCAAUAUUAUGUGUAACAUGUAACAAUUCCUCGUUUUAUAAUUUAAAUCAGCGUAAUGUUUAAGAGUACAAUAUUCAAUGAUGUUAUAUCAUUCUAGUAUCAAAAUUAACCGAAGAUAAAUGUUAUUAUUAGUUAGGUAAAAUUUAAACAUAGCUUUUCGUAUAAUUGAUUGGAAUGUUUUAGUGUAAUGUAGUGUAAUAAAUGUCGGCGUUAGUGCACGCGAAUGUCUCGCGCGGACACUUGCAACAAUACUCGGAUAGUCGACCAGUCGCCCGAGACAAGUCCUCUGCCAAGAGACAGUACAGGGUCGCGACUUGCGGAACGCUACGCAUUAGGCGUCUAUUUGUUGUAAAGAUAAUAAUAGCCGUAGGUAUUUUGUCGUACUUAAAUAAUUAUUCUUACGAUGCCUUAAUUCUGGUUGUCAAUUAGACAUGUCUGCCUAGAGUGUUAUCAUUGUUUUUUUUUUUAUUUAUUUUAGUUUUUGCUGUUCCUCUGUGAACUUCCAGUCCAGGCUGUUCUUUUGAAAUGAUUUUGAGGUCGAUUUAUUUUUACCUAAGUGUUCUUAUUAAAUGUUACCAAAAUGUUUUUAAUAAAAUAUUUUUAUAUGUA